UCUAGGCUUCUCUGCUCAGAGUCUCGAACGAUUCAACCUGGCUGGCAAGAAGCAUAUGGGCAACACGACUCAACAUCUCUAUUCUGGACACCCAUACCUAGACCGUAUAUAGAUCCCCAUGAUUCCCUCCUCUCUCUUCCGAAGCAGCUUUCUCGCCCACGCCCCCUCGGACCUGUGUCUUGGCUACAGUGCCCCUAAAAAUAUCCUCCGCAAUGUCGGCCGAACAGAACCACCGCUACCCCGAUGGGGGACACUAUUCGGGUCUCAAUCGGAUCCCCAAUAUCAAAGAGUUCGUGUCUGCUCUCGAUAAGGAUAAGAGAGAGCGCGAUGCCAGGAUCGACGCCGAGUCCAAGGCGAAUGAGACAAACCGAGGCAUCGUGGAUCACGCCGAGAAAGCGGGUGGGCGUAAGGGCCGCGGAAGAGUCGUUACUGAUCCCGUUACGGGUGGUAAGGUCACCAUAGACGAUGUUGAGGCAGAUUUUAUGAAAGCCGUGGAGGAACACAAUAUAUCCGUGCCUAAUGCAAAUCUAGGCAAAGACACGAGGGUGAAGACCCAGGCUACGCAGUCUGGAGAGGAGUAUAGGAAAGCCCAAGAUGUAACAGCGCCCCCGGAUCCCGUGGCCGCUGGUUCUACCUCGGACGUCCCAAUCCGCGGCGAGAAGACAAAUAUCCUCUUCCACCCAACUCCAUCUGUCAGCUAUGAACCGAUGUACUCUAUUUUCGAGCGGCGCGCCACGGUUUUAUGUACAGCCAUCUUCUUCGCCAUCAUCCUAAUUGGGAAGAUUUUCGGGGGGAGGCUACUGGGCUUGAUUCCUCUGGCGAUGUGCAUUUCCUCUGGUGUUUUUCUGUGGAUGAGAGAUUUGAUCAGGCAGGGUCGAGACAUUGAGUGGUCCAGUGAGCAGAAGCGUGGCGAGAUGGCCGUCGCCAACUUAAUUCCCGAAUCUGUCGAAUGGAUGAACACCCUUCUCGGCAUCGUAUGGGGGCUGAUUAACCCCGAGAUGUUCGCUGCGGUAGCCGACACUCUAGAGGAUGUUAUGCAAGCCUCAGUUCCGGGAGUCAUCGAGAACGUCAAGGUGGCCGACAUUAAUCAGGGGAACAACCCCAUCCGCAUCCUCAGUCUUAGGGCCCUCCCCGACAGCCACAUGAAAGAUCUAAAAGACGAAAUGCACAGGGAGAACGAAAAGGUUAAAGAUCCUCAUGAGCUCGCCGCCGAUGAGGAGGGGGGGGAUUACUAUAAUUUGGAAGCGUCGUUUGCCUACCAUGCGAAGCCUGCAUCUGGAACUAUGUCGGAAAAGGCUACCAAUAUGGGCAUGCAAUUGGUUUUCUACCUCGGUAUCAAGGGAUUGUUCGGGAUCCCUCUACCAAUAUGGGUUGAGUUGGUAGGUCUCGUCGGAACUGUGCGACUUAGGCUUCAAAUGACCCCUGAGCCACCAUUCCUCAAAGCAAUCACCAUGACACUUAUGGGCGUCCCUAAGGUUGAAGCCGGAUGCACGCCAAUGAUCGAGCGCGGAGUCAACAUUCUAAACCUACCAGUAAUCUCGAACUUCGUGAACUGGGCUAUCAAGACGGCUGCUAGCAUGUAUGUCGCGCCAAAGUCGCUGACCCUCGAUCUUGGCAAGAUGCUGCAAGGCGACGAUAUCCAGAAGGACACCAACGCCCUGGGAGUCCUCUUUAUCCGCAUCCAUAAGGCUGCUGGGCUGUCAAAACAAGACCGACGAGGCUCCGAAGGCGGCGGUUCUGACCCUUACAUCACCGUCAGUUUCUCCAAGUUCGGCAAGCCUAUGUACUGCACCCGUGUCAUCCAAGACGAUCUCAACCCUGUCUUUGAGGAGACGUGCGCUCUCCUUGUCACGGCCGAUCUCAUCAAGGCGGACGAGCAGUUAUCGAUGGAGUUAUGGGAUAGUGACCGGUCGAGCGCCGAUGAUGUAGUCGGGAAGGUAGAGCUCUCUUUGCAAAAGCUCAUUCAACACCCGGGUCAAAUGUUCCAGCAGGUCUCAAAACUUCGCGGUAUCAAAGCCGAGAGUAGUAUGCCUGGCGAGCUUUACUGGGAAGUUGGCUACUUCGGCAAAACACACUUCCGGACUUCUUUGCGUACGGACGGGAAGGACCUCAGCUUGCCGAAGGAGAUUCGAGAUAAUAAAGAAUUGCAAGAUGAAAAAGGGGCUAUCCAAAACGACGAAGAAGACGCUGUCAUACACACGCCUCCGGACCCUCUUUGGCCAUCUGGAAUUCUUAGCAUUGUUGUCCACCAGAUAGUAAAUCUCGAGCUGGCGAAUGUGAAAGGCUCGGAGGGCGGAAAACGGAAGGGUGGUAGGGAAUAUGAACCCGCUUGUGAUGCCGGUGAGAUAAAGGAAGAGUCGAGCAAGCAGCUACCCAGCGCCUAUUGCACGAUUCUCCUAAACGACGAGCUUGUUUAUAAGACCCGAACGAAGGUCGUAUCCUCCAAGCCUAUCUUCAACGCCGGCACCGAGCGUUUCGUCCGCGACUGGAGGUCUGCCAUUGUCACAGUUACGGUACGUGACUCAAGAAAUAGGCAGCAUGAUCCCAUUAUCGGCGUUGUGCCCCUAAAGCUAUCCGACCUUAUGCAGACAAAUAGUCAGGUCACACGGUGGUACCCACUCGACGGUGGGAUUGGCUUCGGUCGAGUUCGUAUAUCAUUGCUCUUCCGGGGCAUCGAAUUGCGAUUACCUCCUCCACAGCUCGGUUGGGAUGUCGGAUCUUUUGAAUUUACAUCGGACAACAUUGUCUCAACCUUGAUAGGCUCCAGCAAGAGCAAGGUAAAACUGCGGCUGAGAACCGGGGGUAGCUCCGUGGCGGUUAAACGGGAACAGUGCAUCGUCAGGGACGACAGCCUGGCAUGGGACAUCAGCGGCACAACAAAUAACCCGCGUCUCCGUCUGCCCGUCAGAUAUCGCUAUCGGUCUCCCUUGUUCUUCGAGUUCCACCUCGCAGGCCAACGUCGUGUUGAGUACUUUGCCGCGAUCUGGUUACAAGAGCUAGUCGAUCUCGAGGAUACGAAUUUCGAUAUUCCCGUAUGGAAAUGCGAUAACGCGAUGAGACUGUCGCAGAAUUUCAUCACACCGGCCAACUACAAUACGAUCCCGGAUAUCAAAAUCGAGGAGGCGGGUCGUUUGCGUUUCCGCGGCCGGUUCAAGGCCGGCACGGACCGUGAACAUCUACGCUUCGUAAGCGAUAAUAACUCCCGGGAGACCAUUGAAACAUGGGAAGCCUGCUUCGCAGAGGGUGUACGUAAAGAGGAGGUGUCGACCGUGGUGCCGCCCAACAUCCAGAAACUACACGAUGAUUCGCUAAUCAAGACCCGUGACGUGCUCUCCACGGUCCCCGAAGAGGAGAGACAGGUAUGGUUUUCCAAAGACGGCACAGACUGGACUGGAGCGUUUGGCGAGGAUCCCGUAGAGCUGAUGGCAGGCCGCGAGGGCCGCGAUGAGGACGAGUAUGAAUCAGAUGAGGAUUCUGAAGUCACGGACGCAGGCAUUAACGGGUCUAACUCGUCCGAAUCGUCCGACUCAUCGACCACGAAAGUCGAACCGAGCAAAACGGACCUUGGCAUCAAAGAUGCGAUGACAAAGCAUUCGGAAGAGGCGCCCGGCCGAUCGCGUAGUGGUAGCGCGACAACGCAAGCCACUAUAGACUCAAGCGGUUCGGGUAAGAGCCGAAGCAGCAAAAACCCAAUCAAACAGUACAAGGACUACCAGGAAAGGAGCCGGGACCUGCACCGACGACAUCGUGGGUUGAUGCAAUGGCGCCCGUUACGCAACGCGCAGUUCGCAAAGGACGAGGCGAAGUUUGCCAUUAGGAGGAUCACGCAGAUGGGCUCGCUAAGCGGGCGACAACCUGACGUGGAAACAGAAGUGUAGAGCUGUUCUCCCUUUCUAAUCUCUCCUUUCACUCUGUGUCCUGGGGUGGAGAGUAUGUUUGUAAUCUUGGCAUAUGGGCGACGU